AUGCCAAACAAGGAGGACAUGUUCGUCUUGGACACAGAUGCCUCAGACGUGGCCAUAGGGGCUGAACUCCUGCAGAUACAAAAAGGUCGGGAGCGAGUGAUCAGCUACGGCAGCUUCGCCUUGACUCCAGAACAACGGCGGUACUGUACAACCCACAAGGAGCUAUUGGCAGUGGUACGUUUCACAAGGCAGUACCGUCACUAUCUUCUAGGGAGGCAUUUCCGGGUACGGACGGACCAUAACAGCUUAAGAUGGCUAAUGAAUUUCAGGGCACCUGAAGGGCAGCUUGCUCGCUGGUUGGAGGAACUGAGCCAAUACGACUUAAGGGUGGAGCACCGUCCAGGAGCCAAACAUCAGAAUGCGGACGGCUUGUCCCGGUUGGCCGACGAAGUGGAAUGUGACAACUACCGACGAUUCGUGGAGCUCCAGGAACUCCCAUGUGGGGGGUGCCGAUACUGCCAGAAGGCACACCAACAGACGGUCAGGGCUUUGACAGUGGUGGAAGAGAGCAACCACCUGACAGAGGUCCCCACCGGAGAGGAUGCCGGUGGAGAGGGCGGGAGUCGGACAGAGAAUCAGGCGCAUACCCUUGAAGUGAGUAGGUCUGAGACAACUUUCUCAGUAAGGACUCUCACAGUACCAGAGUGCCCACAGAAGGGGGACAAGGACUCUUGGGACGGCUCCCUGACGGCACUGAAGAUCGCUCAAGAGGAGGAUAGGGAUCUCAGACACCUACGUAGAUGGGUGGACGGAGGUGAAGUACCAUCAGACUCAGAACUAUAUUUGUCUAGCCUGGCCGCCAAGUCUUAUUGGGUGGAUAGAGAACUAUUCGAACGAAAUGAGGAGGGAGUACUGGUGAGGAAGGGAAUUCCAGCAGUGAAUGACACUGAAAAACUGCUGAUACCCAGGACUCUACAGCGAAUGGUGCUUUAUCAGAUGCAUGACAUCCCAUCAAGCGGACACCUGGGAGUGACUAAAACCAAGGAGAGGAUAAAGGAGAGGUACCAUUGGUACCGGUGCGGGCAAGACACCAGGGACUACGUGUCGGAAUGCUCCGCUUGCAACCGGAAUAAGAAACCAUCACGGAAGGCCCGGUCAAGGAUGACCCCAUUCCAUGCGGGAGCCCCAAUGGAGAGGGUGCACCUGGACUGUAUUGGCCCAUUGCCCUCAAGCAGAGCAGGGAACCAGCAUAUUCUCAUGAUGGUAGACCAGUUCACCAAAUGGGUGGAGUGUGUGCCUCUCCCGAGCCAAAAGGCAGAAGUGACAGCAAGGGCAGCGGUGAAUGAAUUCAUUGCACGGUUUGGGUUUCCACUUCAGAUCCAUGCGGACCAAGGCAGGAAUUUCGAGAGUCGACUUUUCCAUGAAAUCUGCCAGCUGUUGCAGAUAACCAAGACGAGGACGACCCCCUACCGUCCCUCUUCUAAUGGACAGCUGGCGGGAGCCAUGAGGUCCGCAGUGAACCGCCAUACCGGUUAUACGGCCAACCGCCUGAUGCUUGGCCGGGAAGUAAAUGUUCCGGCUGACUUGAUGUUCGGGGGGUCGGAGACUUCCCGGCAAGAAGGUGACACCAGUGAGUACGUGGCCGGGCUUCGAGCAGCAAUGGAGAGUGCUCAUGCAGCAGCUCUGAAUAAUCUGCAAACUUCUGUGGAAAGGAUGAAGAGGGAUUACGAUCUGCGUGCUCGAUCUCAGAGUUUGGACCAAGGACAACCUGUGUAUGUGUUAGACUUAGGGGCUACACCAGGGCGGUGCAAAAAGCUGUGCCCCGUGUGGAAGGGACCUUACCUUAUUGAGAAAAGGCUCUCUUCUACCCUGUUUUUGGUGGCUGGGCAGCGGAGGAAGUUCACGGCUCAUCAUGACCAGAUGAAGUUGUGCCGGGAUCGGGUUGUGCCUCGCUAG